AUGUCCGUACGUAGAGUAGCCAAUCAUUACCAAGCUUUCAUUCGAGAUUUUGCUUGCUUCGUUCAAAGAUGGAAACCAGCUAAAGCAGCAGGUGGCGUGCCACCAAUUCUAAAAGCGGCACCACCAAGUCUGAAAUUUUUAUUUCUUCGUUUUUCAACAUCCUUUUUCUUCUUUUAUUUUCUUUUCCUUUUGUUUUCUUCUUUUCCUUUUGUAUUUUUCUUUUCCUUUUGUAUUUUUCUUUUCCUUUUGUAUUUUUCUUUUACCUUUCUUUUCUUCUUUUUCCUUUCUUUUCUUCUUUUUCUUUUCCUUUCUUUUUUCCUUCUUUUUCUUUUCCAUUCUUUUUUCUUUUUCAUUUUCUUUUUCCUUUCUUUUUUCUUUCCUUUCUUUUUCCUUUCUUUUCUUUUUCUUUUUCCUUUCUUUUCUUUUUCUUUUUCCUUUUUUCUUCUUUUCUCCUUUCUUCUUCGUUUCUCCUUUCUUCUUACUCCUUUCUACUUUUUUCCUCUUAGUCUUUUCUACUUUUUUUCUUUUUACUCCUUUCUCCUUUUGUCUUUCUUUUUUUUUUGCCUUUCUUCUUCUUUUGUCUUUUCUCCUUUUUUUCUUCUUCUUUUGUCUUUUCUCCUUUUUUUCUUCUUCUUUUCUCUUUUCUCCUUUUUUUCUUCUUCUUUUCUCUUUUCUCCUUUUUUUUCUUCUUCUUUUCUCUUUUCUUUUUUUCUUGUUCUUUUCUCUUUUCUUUUUUUUUCUUGUUCUUUUCUCUUUUAUCCUUUUUUCUUCUUCUUUUGUCUUUUUCUCCUUUUUUUUCUUCUUUUUUUUCUUUUCUCCUUUUUUUUUCUUCUUUUCUCUUUUCUCCUUUUUUUUCUUCUUCUUUUCUCCUUUUUUUCUUCUUCUUUUCUCUUUUCUCCUUUUUUUCUUCUUCUUUUGUCUUUUCUCCUUUUUUUCUUCUUCUUUUGUCUUUUCUCCUUUUUUUCUUCUUCUUUUCUCUUUUCUCUUUUUUUUCUUCUUCUUUUGUCUUUUCUCCUUUUUUUUCUUCUUUUCUUUUUUUUUUCCUUUUUUCUUCUUCUUUUUCUCUUUUCUUUUUUUUUCUUUUCUUUUUUCUUUUUUCUUUUUCUUUUUCUUUCUUUUUUUCUUUUUUUCUUUUCUCUUUUCUCCUUUUUUUUUUCUUCUUUUCUUUCUCCUUUUUUUUUCUUCUUUUUUCUUUUCUCCUUUUUUUUCUUUUUCUUUUCUUUCUUCUUUUUCUUUUCUCCUUUUUUCUUCUUUUUUCUCUUUCUCUUUUUUUCUUCUUCUUUUCUCUUUUCUCCUUUUUUUUCUUCUUCUUUUCUCUUUUCUCCUUUUUUCUUCUUCUUUUCUCUUUUCUCCUUUUUUUCUUCUUCUUUUCUCUUUUCUCCUUUUUUUCUUCUUCUUUUGUCUUUUCUCCUUUUUUUCUUCUUCUUUUCUCUUUUCUCCUUUUUUUCUUCUUUUUUUUCUCUUUUUUUUUUUUUCUUCUUUUUUUCUCUUUUUUUUUUUUUUUUCUUCUUUUCUUUUUCUCCUUUUUUUUUUUUUCUUUUCUCCUUUUUUUCUUCUUCUUUUGCCUUUCUCUUCUUUUUUCUCAUUUCUUCUUCUUCUUUCGCCUAUAUUCUUUCUCCUUCCUUCCUUAUUCUUUUUCUCUUUCCUUCUUCUCCUCCCUCAUCAUUUCUUCUUUCUCCUUUUGUCGUCUUUUUCUUUCUCCGUUCUUCUUUUUCUUUCGUUUUUCCUCUUCCUUCUCCUUUCUUCUUUUUCUUUCUUCUUUUUUGUUAUUCUUUUCUUCUUCUUUCUCCUUCUUCUUCUUUCUCAUUUCUUUUAUUUUCUCCUCUUCUUCUUCUUUUUUCUCUUUUCUUCUUCAUUUCUCCUUUCUUCCUACUCCUUUCUACUUCUUCUCCUUUGUCCUUCCUUCUUUUUCUUCUUUCUCCUUUCUCUUUUUCUUUCUUUCUUUUUCUUUCUCUAUCUUUUUCUCCUUUCUUCUCAGUUCUUAUUCUUUUAUCUCUUUUCUUAUUCUUCUAUUUUCUUUUUCCUUUCCCUUUUUUUCCUAUCUUUAUUCUUCUUUAUUUAUUUUCUUUCUUCUUUUUUCCUGGCACAUUCCCUUCUUUAACUCUCCUUCUUCUUACUCUUGUCUUUUCUUUCUUUGUCCUAAAUCCUUUUCGUCUACCUCUUUCUCUUUCGUUGCCCCUUUCUUUCAGCUCUCUUUUAUUUCUCUUCUUUCUCUCCUUCACUUUCUCCUUUUCUUUUGUUCCCUUUCUCUCUCUGUGA